AUGGAAGGAGGGCCAUCUCGAAGCAACCUGAAGCGCCCCUUUGUUGAAGACGCCGAAUCAAACAAACCCCCUCCGGAAAAGAGGGUGAGGUUUCCGAAAGGGAAGAAGGUGAAGUUGGGAGAUUAUGUAUUUGAGGAUGCUCCCAGUAAAGAUGUUCCUAAUUGGAGUGAUCCCCAUCUUGCUGCCAAAGAGCGUACAGUGCGGCGGAAUAAGAUUGCAGAGGAACUUCUUGAUGAUGAAAACAGAGAUUUCCUUCCUGACAUAACAAAAGCUGAAGUCCAAUACAAGGACACUGAAACACUGGUUGAGGAAGGAGUCCAGAUAGAUCCUUUUAAUCUGGAUAAAGAAAGAGAAGAAGGAUACUUUGAUGCUAAUGGAAAUUAUGUCGAAUACGUGAAUGAGAAUGAGAUCAAGGAUGCGUGGCUUGAUAGUGUUGAUGUCUAUGAAAAGUAUACUGGAAAAAGUUCUAUUCCAACUAGUAACGAUGAAGAAUCUCGUGACCUUACCUCUGAAGAACUUGCAAAAAUAAAGAGGCGGAUUGCUAAUGUUCUCGAGCCUGGAGAAACGGUUUUGCAAGCUUUGAGGAGAUUGAAAGGAACCUCAGGUGACAAGAAGCAGAAGAUGUCAGCAGAAACUAAAUUGUUGUUUGAUCAGCUAACUGAAGAUGCUAUGAAACUGAUGGAGAGUGGGGAUUACGAUGUGUAUGAUGAAAAACAAGAGAGUUUCCAGCGUGAAGCAGAGGGUUAUGAGAAGUUAGCUCAUGCAAGGAUGCAGGGUACCUCCACGUGUUCAGGACAGGAAAAGUCAAAGCUUGAAAUUUCUGCCAACACAAAUGACAGUGAUGAUGCUUUUGACAUGUUCGCGGAAGAUGAUGUAAAUAUUGCUGUAAAUCUAGCCUCUGAUGGGAGUGGAUCUGUUCCUGUUCAGCCUUCUGAGGGUGGAUAUCUGCAGAAUGAUUAUGUGUAUGAUGAGUCUUCUGGAUACUACUACAGCAGCAGUUUGGGUUACUACUAUGACCCUUCUUCGGGGCUAUAUUGCUCUGCAGCAUCAGGACAAUGGUACUCUUAUAAUGAGCUGAGGAAAUUACUGUGUGAUGCAAAAAUAAAUAAAAAUUUGAAGUCUUCUUGA